UUUCGUAACACAUCAUGUGACUAAACAAUGCACCGAGAGAAAAUAUUGCUGCACGACUAUGUAGCCUAAAAACUUAAUUCGUUUAGCUUUUAGAAAACAAAAAUGACUCGGACAACGACAGUGGUUUACAUUGCUUGCAUUUUUCUUAUAUUUGCAAUUGCUGAAAUCAGUCCUAGAAAGCUAACUAUUACUUAUAAUGAAGGCUGUGACAUCCCUGAAUGCAACAAUGAAAAUGACACCAAUGCCUUUAAUCUUGCACAUGUGACUGCUGUUGGCGAUUCAGACACACUGCACUACAUUUGGUCAACUAUUGGCGGACCAACAAUCCUUCUUGCUGUCACUGAUCAGAAUGUUAAUCUCAAAAUUAAUUGGACAAGGUUUCUGCAAGAUGAAGAUGUUUCUAAUUCUAUAUCGUUCACGGUAAAACCAACAUAUACAAUGGCGUUAGUUAUGUCAAAGCUUAUAGAAUUCAACGAUACUAAAAAUACUGCCAAUGUUUCUAGCCCAUCGAACAAUGUGACACACAUCACACAGUUAAAUGACAUUCAUUGGAAAAUUUUCAAUGACACUAUAGAUUACAAAAGCUGCAGUGGAACAUUCCAGAGUGUUAGUGAAAUAUCAAACUCAAGUCUCUCAGUCAAGAUGAGAGCAUAUAAUGAGACUGGUCGUGAAACUUCUUUACCUCACUUGCAAUAUACAGACAACACAACACAAUUUAAAUUCGCAUUAAGUAAUUUUCCAUCACAUUUUAAAAACCCUCGUUAUGCUGUGGAACUACUAAUGGUCAGUGAUGGAUUAGUAAGCAAGCAUGUUGAAAAAUCUAUAGAUGAUGAGUAUACCCCUGCAAUAUUUUCUAUUAUAAAUCUUAUAGUACCAGCAUCAUCAGGUUCUCAAUAUGGGAGCUUUUCCCAGUGGAAACCUGUAUCAUAUUCAAAGAGUACACCGUCUCUGAGCAAUGCACAACAGUGCCAUGAGACUGAAGUAACAUCUUACAAUGAAAUAUUGCCAUCUAGAAGUCUUCUUCGUGCUUUCUUUGACAUAUCAAAGGUCAAGCUAUCAUCUCUUAACGUCACCUUCGGCACCGCGAAGGGUGACUUUUAUAAUAGUACUAACUACAUUAGCUGGACAGCAACAAUAGGAUAUGGUGAUCCUCCAGUUGAAAGUGUGUCCCAACUUGUUAUUAUCAUAAUUUCAGCCGGCUUAGGUGUCCCAGUUUUAAUUUGCAUAGGAGGAGGAAUAUACACCUGCAUCAGAAAGUGGAAAAUGAGUAAAUUGAAAGAAUUAUCUCGCUACCCCCCUGUUACGUCUGUGAACUAGAAUUUGUUAAUGUAUUCAGGACUUUAAAAAUUAGUUAUUUCACCGAGAAGAAAGUCUCUGUUUAAUUUAAAAUUUAUGUCAAAUACUAUGAAAGACAAAUAAUUAUUCUAUGAUGUCCAUAGAAUAAUUAUUUGUAAUCAUUCGUAAGGUUUUCAAAUAAUUGAACCAAUCAUAUUUAAGCUUAUCCAAAUGUUGUAUUUAAAAAUACUGUAUUCAAAUUUGUUUGAUUGCCCAGUUUCUACUGAUUUUUUUUUUUUAAUAAACAAAUCAAUCAAAAUUCAGCUAUAAAUUGAAAUGCUAUUAUUUGAGAAUAUUGAGAACUUGAUUAACAUUUAUGUUUUUGAAAUUAAAACAUGUUUUUUUAAAUAAAUUUUUUAACUGUUUUUCUGACUAUUUUGUAUAGUAAAACUUUAUAAUGUUGUCUUCAGUUUUAAUGCAGAUUUGAGUGUAGGUGAUAGAUUGGUAAUUGAGGGUAGUAUGGUUUCUCCACAUCUGCAUAAAUAUGCACACGUGCUGAUGUAGGUGAAAAUACUGAAGUUGGCUAUUUAACUGCUGUUAUUAAACAAUUAAAAUGUAUGAAGUAUGUUGAUUGUCAUCCACCUUGACAGGCAACAUUUCUAUAAAUACAGUUCUGUCACUAUGACCUGUUAUCUUUUCAGUUUUUUUAUAUCAUUUUUUUUUCACAUACAGUAUGUAUAUGAUUCAGGAUCUUGAAUGCAAGUCAUUCAGCAUUUGUAAUCUAUAAUUAAACAACUGGUAGAUUCGUUGAAAGCAUAAUUGAGAUUCAAGGAAGUUCAGUUAGGAAAGUGAUGAGGGUGUUCUACAAAGAACACCUCUAGUCUUCUCCGACUUCAUAUUUAUUUAUUUUGAAUUUUGUAAUAAAUGGUUAAUUAUUUGAAUAAAAUUAAAUAAAAUUCCACUGUAUGUA